AUGACCCCCAUCUUCACAAAAACCUCUCUCAAUCCUGUGGCUUUCAUUUCUUUAAGCCGUACUCGUCAGUUGGGUCUUCGUCUCUCUCUCUCUCUCUCUCUCUCUCUCUCUCUCGCGAUUUCCAUUACCAAUUUCUUUGUUCUGAUUCUUCUUCUCGAUCAUUCGCUCACUCAAUCGCUAGGAAUCAUGAACAGCGAAGAAGAGAAAAGGUGUCCUUUGUGUGCAGAAGAGAUGGAUUGGACUGAUCAACAAUUGAAUCCCUGCAAAUGUGGUUACAAGGUGUGUGUCUGGUGUUGGCAUCACAUAAUGGAUAUGGCAGAGAAAGAUGCAACAGAAGGGCGCUGUCCUGCAUGUAGAACACCUUAUGAUAAAGAUAGAAUUGUAGGGUUGGAAUCAAAUUUUCAGAGGGUGGCUACCAAUAGUUCAAACCGAAAGCAAAAACUAACAAAGGCAAAACCAAAACCAAAUGAAGUAAGGAAAGAUCUUAGCAAUGUUCGAGUAAUUCAGCGAAAAAUGGCGUAUAUCAUUGGACUCCCUCUUGAACUUGCUGAUGAAAAUUUAUUGCAACGAAAAGAUUAUUUUGGGCAAUAUGGAAAAGUCACAAAAGUUUCCCUUUCUCGGACAGCUGGCGGGACUCUCCAGCAGUUCACUAACGACACUUGCAGUGUAUAUAUUACUUACUCAAAAGAAGAGGAAGCAGUAACAUGUAUUCAAUCUGUUCAUGGUUAUAUCUGGGAUGGUAGGCUUUUAAGGGCAUCAUUCGGGACUGCAAAGUAUUGUCAUGCAUGGUUAAGAAACAUGCCAUGCAACAAUCCUGGAUGUUUAUACCUGCAUACUAUUGGUGCUGAAGAGGAUAGCUUUGGUAAAGAUGAAGUAGCUGCAGUUCAUACUAGGAAUAGAGUACAAGAAAUAGUUGGUGGGACCCAUUAUACACAUACACGAUCCGGUGAAGAAGAAGAGGAAGAAGAUGAGGAGGAGGAGGAGGAAGAAGAAGAUAAAUCAGAUAGUUAUGUGGAUGAAGAAGAUAAUCAUAAUGUAGUGUCUAUAGAGGCCCCAUUGUAUAAGAAUGAUGGAUAUAAUGAGAAUGAGAUGAAAUUUGAGAGUUUGGCCAAGUCAGAUAGGAUUUACAGAGAGUCUAAUUCAUUUUCAAAUGAAGAGAUUGUGGAGCAUUUGAGAAGGAUUGAGGUGAAUAAUGAUGAAAAUUCUGCUGAUGUGGAGAGUAGUAUAAUAUCAGAUAUAUUGUCGAUUGACUUGGAUGGAUGUGAUAAUUCAGUAGCCGGAUUGUUUGAAGUAAGAGAUGGAAGGCAACAUAGUGAUCAAUCCAGAUUCUCUUUUGCAAACCAACAUAUUGACAUUGGAUCUAGGGCACAGAAGUUGACACCACCGGGAUUCUCCAUGCCCAGUAAACCACCUCCUGGUUUCUCGUGCAUAAGAACUGAUCAGGCUCAGACUGUUGCUGCUAGCUCAGGGAAUUAUUUCAGGGGUAUGCCAAACAGUCAUUAUCGCACACCAUCAUUUGGGAAUCUAAGCAACAGCAGUGGCAGCGAUGAUGUUAUUGAUAUGAUGAUGGUUGGUGGAGGGAAACCGUUGACAAAUUCCUCCUACUCAUUUGAUGAUUGGCAUUUCAAUUUCAUGACACAACAACAACAAUCUGCACCUACCACCACCACCACCACCACCACCACAACCACCACCAAUACCAUACAGCCACAGCCACACCAGAUAAUUCCUCAGUUUCCUCCUUCACAUGAUGAUUUUUAUGGUGGUCUUACUUCUGGGCUAAUGAACCUUGAUCUACAUCACCCAUCUUUAUACAACACCCAAUCCCAACAACAACAAUACUCGCUUUCACAGCUGAAAUUUGGAAAUGCUUAUCAGUUUCAAGAUGCUCAACUUCAACAACAACAUGAUCCUAGAAACGAGGUAGAAAGGUUGGGGUUUGAGAGCAGAUUUUUGCCAAAUUAUGGUGAGUAUAUGUUCCAAAUGCCUAAUUCGGGAGAUAUAUACAACACCCACACCCAGACCCAGACCCACACCCGGGUAUUUGGAAUAAGCAGAAGCAGAAAUGGAUUCUGUGACAUUAGAUGUUUUGCCACAUGA